AAAUUUAGACACAAAUUGCUAAUAAUAUAAUUGUCAAAUGUACUAAAAUAUCACCAAGAAAAUCACAAGAACAUUUGCCCACCUCAACUCAGUCCUAAACAGGCUGAUAGUAGCUGUGAUUAUCAAAUAUGUGUGACCUAACUAUUAAUCAUAAAGAUAAAACAGACCCAAAAGAACACUUGAAAAUCAGGUAAUAUUCCCAAAAACAAAAGCUGUUAUUUUCUUUGUUUCUUAUAGGAAAAAAAAUUUAAAUAAAAAAAAAAAAGAAAAAGAGACUUUCCCGGAAAAUUCUCUCAACCUUGGUGUUUAAAAAACAUUGUUUCCCAUUAAUUUAAAAGCCAAACCUUAAUAAAGACUGAUUCAACAAAAUUUACACACAUUUAUCCUAAAAAUGCUCACCAUCGAUCCUCUUUCUUUCCUUAUACCAAAAAUCCAACCUGUUUCCUACCUUUUUCCACAUUUUUUUCUCUAACAAUCAAUCUAUCUUUCUCUAUACAUGCCUUUUUUUUUUGCCAUCAAACUUAAAGACUUUUCUCUCCUUCAUUAAGCCGCCGCCACCACCGCCACUUCUAACAACUCCACCUCCACCAACACCACCCCCCCGAAGUCCUCUCUCUUCGUUAGCUUAAAUACGAAUAAUGGGCAACUGUUGCUCUCGUGGGGACUCUGGUGAUGCUGCAGAAAAUGAAAAAGGGGAGGCAGUAGCUAAUAAUACAAAUGGCAGUGUUGCUAACAAUGCUAACCAAGAAAACUCCACCACUCCUCCUCCUAAGUCAACUGCUCCAACUUCUCCUUCUCCGGCAGCUUCUCCUAAACCGGCCAAGGCUGCUCCUAUAGGGCCGGUCUUAGGCCGCCCGAUGGAGGAAGUAAAAUCGGUUUACACCAUUGGCAAAGAACUUGGUAGGGGGCAGUUUGGUGUUACACAUUUGUGUACGCAUAAGGCCACAGGCGAGCAGUUUGCAUGCAAGACAAUAGCCAAAAGAAAGCUUGUAAACAAGGAAGAUGUGGAGGAUGUUAAGAGGGAGGUUCAGAUUAUGCAUCAUUUAACAGGCCAGCCUAACAUUGUGGAGCUCAAAGGAGCUUACGAGGAUAAACAUUCUGUUCAUUUGGUGAUGGAGUUGUGUGCCGGUGGAGAACUUUUCGACCGAAUUAUCGCUAAGGGUCAUUACACAGAACGUGCUGCUGCUUCUUUGCUUAGGACUAUUGUUCAAAUUGUUCAUACAUGUCAUUCCAUGGGUGUUAUUCAUAGAGAUCUCAAGCCUGAAAACUUCCUUUUGCUUAAUAAAGACGAGAAUUCCCCUCUCAAAGCUACAGAUUUUGGCCUUUCAGUGUUCUACAAGCCAGGAGAGGUGUUCAAAGAUAUUGUUGGGAGUGCUUAUUACAUAGCACCUGAAGUGUUGAAGAGGAGAUAUGGACCAGAAGCAGAUAUAUGGAGUGUUGGGGUCAUGUUGUAUAUUCUUUUAAGUGGUGUUCCACCUUUUUGGGCUGAAUCUGAACAUGGGAUAUUCAAUGCAAUUUUACGUGGCCAUGUUGAUUUUACAAGUGAUCCUUGGCCUCAAAUUUCACCUCAAGCUAAGGAUCUUGUCCGGAAAAUGCUAAAUUCAGACCCAAAACAGAGGUUGACAGCCAUCCAGGUUCUAAGUCAUCCAUGGAUCAAGGAGGAUGGAGAAGCUCCUGAUACUCCUCUUGACAAUGCAGUAUUGAGUAGGCUCAAACAAUUCAAAGCAAUGAAUAAUUUCAAGAAAGUUGCUUUAAGGGUUAUUGCUGGCUGUCUAUCAGAGGAAGAAAUUAUGGGAUUGAAGGAAAUGUUCAAGGGCAUAGACACUGACAAUAGUGGCACCAUUACACUUGAAGAGCUGAAGCAAGGGCUUGCCAAGCAAGGGACAAAGCUAUCCGAAUACGAAGUCAAACAACUCAUGGAAGCCGCUGAUGCAGAUGGCAAUGGAACCAUAGACUAUGAUGAAUUUAUCACAGCAACGAUGCAUUUGAACAGAAUGGACAGAGAAGAACAUCUUUACACAGCCUUCCAGCAUUUUGAUAAAGAUAAUAGCGGGUACAUCACAACUGAAGAGCUGGAGCAAGCACUUCGUGAAUAUGGAAUGCACGAUGGGAGGGACAUUAAGGAAAUCAUUUCUGAAGUUGACAGUGACCAUGAUGGAAGAAUAAACUAUGAUGAAUUUGUGGCAAUGAUGAGGAAAGGAAACCCAGAAGCAAACCCAAAGAAAAGGCGUGACACUGUAUUUGUUUGAUUUGUAUUGAAAACACAAAGAUCAGUUUACAAGUAUGUUGGUGACCUUUUUACAUUUGAAGUAGGUGGAGGCAGAGAAAAGAAAAGAAAAGAAGCUGUAGAUCAUGCACAUAUUAGAGAACCUGGACAACAAACUUGAACAAAAAAGAACAAAACAAAAUCAAGAAUGGAGGAUUAUUGUCUGCUUGAAGGGAGGGGAUGUGGGUGAGAUUUGUAUAAGUAGAAACGUUAUUGGUGGUGUUAACAAAAGGGUAGUUAAAUUUGAUGGGUGUUCUGUUGGCUACAGUUUAGUACUCUCCCUUGUGUGCUCAUGUAUUGAUAUUCUAUAAGACAACUAAUACUUAGGAGUUUAGCUA